AGUUUUGCAUUUGUUAUUUUGAGUUAAACAAUGUAAGGUUGUUGUGUCUUUUCAUUUAAGUAAAACGUAGAAUCAAUAAGUGCUAAAGUUGUCACACUGAAAUGGAAACUUUCAUGUAUCUCAAAAAAGCAUUGUCCUCCGGGAACUCGAGCGUGUGUCGUUUGUGCCUGUCGCCGGAUGUGGCUUCGGAACCACUAACGCAAGACGAAACGGGGAAAAAUCUUAUGCAAAAAAUCUUCGAUUGUACAAGCAUUCAGAUCAUACCGUUAACAGGCAUUUCUUCGGUCUUGUGUACCGUUUGCAAAACACGUGUGGAGGACUUUUAUCUGUUUCGUUACCAGUGUAUUAAAAACAACGAGGUUCUCAACAAAUUUGCUGCAGAUUCCAGCAAAUCGCUAUUAAACAACUGUGCAUCAGAAAUCACCGUGCUUUCCAUCGAGCAUGUGCAACAAAUCAAUGUAUCACCAUCACUACUAAACGAGGAUCCCAAAACAAAUGAUGUUAAAAACAUUAAUUUGGAUCAUACAUAUAAUGCACAAGAGACAAACACAGCCCACGAGAUCGACAGCAAGGACGGACUUGAUGUGCCGGAAGUAAAGUUGGAACCGAAUGAUAACAUUCCAUCCGAGGUUCUUGAAGAAGGAGAUCCUCUUAAAAUGGAACCUAAACAGCCGACAAAUUCAGAAACACAUGACGAUACUGAAAUGAACAGCAAUGAGGAAGAUAAUCAGUGCCUCGAGAAUGCUGCUCGCAGGACAGUUCAAGUCCUGCCACAAGCUGAUUUGCAGUUAUUUCAAGAGCCGAUUGAACGAAUUCACAGCGAGGAAGCAACGUUUGUUUGUAAAUUUUGCAACGAUGCGUUCACAUCCCGAGAUACGUUGCAGCAACAUGCGAAAACUCAUCACAAGGACGAGCUGCACAAAUGCCCUUACUGUUCCACAAGUUUUGUGGCACAUCAGCGUUUAGUUAUCCACCUUCGUUAUCACACCGGAGAGAAACCUUUUGAGUGCCAAGUCUGCCACAAAGCGUUUGUGUCGCAACAGACCUUAAACAGCCACAGUAAAAUUCAUAACAAGGAUCAAUAUCACCAAUGUCCUCAGUGUCCCGCUAAGUUUGCGCACGCAGGGAAAGUGUCGAUUCACAUUCGCACCCAUCAUACGGGCGAAAAGCCUUUUGUUUGCAAAAUCUGUAACAAAGCAUUUGCUGCAUCAUUCCAGCUGACUGCUCAUAUGCAUAAGCACAACGACAAAAAGCGUUUUAUUUGUCAUUACUGUUCUGCUAAAUUCGCCUAUGCAACAACGCUUGAAACCCACAUUAGUCGAACCCAUGCCAGCGCAGAAAUACCCAGCAGGCCUUAUCAGUGCAAAAUUUGCAACAAAUCUUUCAAAACACAUUCUACCCUGAUACAUCAUAGAAAAAUUCAUACCCAUGGCAGACAAUAUGAAUGUUCUCAGUGUCCUGCUAAGUUCUACGACCCAUCUUCCCUCAAAAUACACAUCCGCUUCCAUACCGGAGAAAGGCCUUAUGUGUGUAAAGUUUGCGACAAAGCGUUCUAUACAUCCUCUCAUCUAAAAACGCAUAGUAGAACCCACAACAAGGACGAACAGUAUCAAUGUACCUAUUGCCCGGCUAGGUUUGCACAGUCUGCUUACCUUAAAAUCCAUAUCCGUAGACACACCGGUGAAAGGCCUUUCAUGUGCGAAAUUUGUGCUGCUAACUUUAAAGAUGAAACGUCGCUUAAAAACCACAUCCGUCGAAUCCACGAAGCAAUACCUAGCAAAACUGUUGAGUGUAAAAUAUGCAACAAAGUUUUAAGUUUUCUAAGCAUAGCUAAGCAUAUGAAAACUCACGAAUCCGCACCAACAAAGCUCAAACCCAACAUCCGUACAAACCCCGCCAGCGCGCAAACACGCAGCAGUAAUGUAGAGUGCAACUUAUGCAACAAAGUCUUAAGUUGCCCAAACAGCCUAAAGAAACAUAAGAAAACUCACGAACCCAAGUUGGAGAAGGACAAAAAAUAUCAGUGCCCUAAAUGUCCCUCUAAGUUCUAUGAUUCUGGUGCUCUCCAAAGGCACAUCCGCCAUCACACCGGAGAA